AGCCUGUUUUGAAAUUUCCGUUUUCUAGAGCGUUUGGUCAAAAAAGAAAAGAAAAUCCUCGAUUUUGAAGGGAAAUAGAAAAAUAGAAAAAAAAAAGAAAAAGAAAAAAGAACAGACCUCUCUACUUCUCUCCCCUCCUCAAGAUCUCUUUCUCUCUCUUCUCUUCAAACAUCCCUCUCAGAUCGAGCUUUACAAACCCAUUCUCAAGCGGUACCAAAAUCUAUUACACCUUCUUGCUUCUUCAGGUGUAAGGAUCUUGUUGCAAAAGAUGGCUAUGGUGGAUGAGCCUUUAUACCCAAUUGCGAUCUUAAUUGAUGAGCUGAAGAAUGAGGAUAUUCAGCUCCGAUUGAACUCGAUCCGGCGACUCUCGACGAUCGCUCGGGCGCUCGGAGAGGAGAGGACGAGGAAGGAAUUGAUCCCUUUUCUCAGCGAGAACAAUGACGACGACGACGAAGUGCUUCUCGCAAUGGCCGAAGAAUUGGGGGUUUUUAUCACCUAUGUUGGAGGUGUAGAGCACGCCAAUGUUCUGCUCCCUCCUCUGGAGACUCUCUGCAGUGUGGAGGAAACUUGUGUGAGGGACAAAGCUGUGGAGUCCUUGUGUAGGAUUGGUUCCCAGAUGAGGGAAAAGGACUUGGUUGAAUACUUUAUUCCUAUGGUCAAGAGACUGGCUGCUGGGGAGUGGUUUACAGCUCGAGUUUCCUCAUGUGGUUUGUUUCAUAUUGCCUACCCAAGUGCCUCAGAGACUCUAAAAACUGAACUGAGGACAGUAUACAGUCAGCUCUGCCAAGAUGAUAUGCCAAUGGUUAGAAGAUCAGCUGCAACUAAUCUAGGAAAAUUUGCUGCGACUGUUGAAGCUGCCUUUUUGAAAAUUGACAUCAUGUCCAUAUUUGAGGACUUGACACAAGAUGGUAUAGAUUCUGUUCGGUUAUUAGCUGUUGAGGGUUGUGCAGCUCUUGGGAAGUUGUUGGAACCCCAAGAUUGCGUAGCUCAUAUUCUCCCUGUCAUAGUUAAUUUUUCACAGGAUAAAUCUUGGCGUGUUCGCUAUAUGGUUGCUAAUCAGUUAUAUGAAUUAUGUGAAGCUGUUGGUCCAGAACCUACCAGGUCGGAUCUGGUGCCUGCCUAUGUUCGGCUACUUCGUGAUAAUGAGGCUGAAGUACGAAUAGCGGCUGCUGGGAAGGUGACGAAGUUUUGUCGGAUUUUGAGUCCAGAACUUGCAAUUCAGCACAUCCUACCAUGUGUGAAGGAGUUGUCAACAGAUUCAUCACAACAUGUUCGUUCUGCGUUGGCUUCAGUUAUAAUGGGUAUGGCACCAGUUUUAGGAAAGGAUGCAACCAUCGAGCAACUGCUUCCUAUUUUUCUCUCUUUGCUGAAGGAUGAGUUCCCUGAUGUCCGCUUGAAUAUUAUCAGCAAGCUUGACCAAGUCAACCAGGUGAUUGGAAUUGAUCUACUGUCUCAGUCUCUUUUGCCUGCGAUUGUUGAACUUGCGGAGGACAGACACUGGAGGGUUCGGCUUGCGAUCAUAGAAUAUAUACCCUUGUUGGCGAGUCAGUUGGGUGUAGGGUUUUUUGAUGAUAAGCUUGGUGCUCUUUGCAUGCAGUGGUUAAAAGACAAGGUUUACUCAAUACGUGAUGCUGCUGCUAAUAACGUAAAGCGUCUUGCGGAAGAAUUUGGACCAGAUUGGGCAAUGCAGCACAUAAUCCCACAGGUGUUGGAAAUGAUAAACAACCCACACUACCUAUAUCGGAUGACCAUUUUGCACGCAGUUUCUCUCCUUGCCCCGGUAAUUGGAUCAGAGAUUACUUGUUCAAAACUUUUGCCCGUGGUUGUUACCGCAUCUAAAGAUAGGGUACCCAACAUCAAGUUUAAUGUGGCUAAGGUGUUGCAGUCGCUUAUUCCAAUUGUUGAUCAAUCUGUUGUGGAGAAGACGAUCCGACCCUGCUUGGUCGAGCUUAGUGAGGAUCCAGAUGUUGAUGUAAGAUUUUUCGCCAACCAGGCACUACAAUCGAGUGAUCAGGUGAUGAUGUCUAGCUAGAUGGAUUUUAUCAUUCCUUUUUUUCUUUCUACCUUUUUUCCUCUUUAGAAUGUAUUUUCUCUUGUGUCCUACCAGUUGGGAAGUUCAGCUACAAGUUCUGGUGUAUGUAAUGUCAUGCUAUGCAGAUUUUAAUUUUUGGUCAGUCAAAACUAUUGUUACCAUUUUGAUACGUUCGUGUGCAUUUCUUCGUGCCACUUUCUUUUCUAUUUUUGUAUUAUGUUCUUUUUCUUAUUUUUGCACUUAUCAUUUUAAUUUUCUAAGAAUCUCCUGAGAAGAUUGUGAAUGA